AUGGCGGGCGGCGAGGAGAACGGCACAGAAAGCAGCCCCGGAGAGCCGCUUCCCCCUCCUGAGGAGCCGCCGCAGGCGCUCGCUGAGGGGUUGCUCCAGGAGAAGCCGCGGCCCGGCGCCCCUGACGGCGAGGAUGAGCAGGAGGAGGAGGGCGAGGAGGAAGAGUCGGAGCGCUCAGAGGGUCACUUGCAGGAGGUGUUGGAUGAAGACACAGCCGCUGAGGGGCUCCACACCUUCGGCCGCUCCGCCCCCGGCACUGAGUACGUUUAUCUUCACCUGUCACUGCCAGGUCGUGGGCUGAGUGACAUCAGCAUUCUCUCCGGAUACAUUCACCUGCAGAAAAUGGAGCUUUCCUCCAAUAAAAUUAAUGAUCUUUCCUGUGUCAGUCACAUGCCUUAUUUAGUAGAGCUGAAUGCUUCCAAUAAUGAACUGACCACUUAUUUCAAUUUUAAAGCACCCAAAAACCUCAGGGAAGUAGAUUUUUCACACAAUCAAAUCCCAAAAAUGAAAGAUUUAUCAGAAUACCACUCACUUACCAAGCUCCUGCUGGAUUACAACGAGAUCGAGGAGAUCCGAGGGCUGGAGCAGUGUCACAGCCUGAGCCAGCUGGGACUGUCACACAACAGGCUCGCUGCCAUCAGGGGCCUGCACAACCUGCCCAUCAGGGUCCUCAACCUGAGCUUUAACCAGAUUGAGAAGGUGGAUGGGCUGAAGAGCUUGAAAAACCUACAGCGUGUGGAUCUGUCCAACAACAAAAUAAACAGCCUGCAAGGCCUGGAGGAGCACGACCUGCUGGAGGUGAUCAACCUGGAGGACAACCAGGUGGCUGAGCUGAGCGAGCUCAAAUGGAUUGAGGAUCUGCCUCUCCUGAGGGAUUUAAAUCUUCUAAAAAACCCUUUGCAGGAAAAAGGCAGUUAUUGGCUCUCAGCGAUUUUCAUGCUGCUCCAAGUCACAGAUCUGGAUCUGAAAAAGGUCACAGUGGAAGAAAAGGUGGCUGCUGUGAACAAGGAGGCUCCUCCUCCCGACGUCGUGGCCGCUGAGGACCACAGGACUCAGCUUUUGUACCACUCUCUGCAGCCCCAGAGCGUCCUCAACAGCACUUUGCCCACUUUUGAGGAUCCCUACCCCUUGCUGGUGCUGCUGGGCCCCGUGGCCGGCGGGAGGAGACAACUCGCCCUCAAAAUCUGCAGACAAUUCAAAACUUUCUUCAGAUUUGGGCCCUGCCACACCACCAGGAAAGCUUAUUUCGGGGAAGAAAACAGGCUGGAUUAUCAUUUCAUUUCUCAAGAAGAAUUUGACAAAAUGGUGAAAGCGGGCAGAUUCCUGGCCACCUACAAAUACAGCGGGCACAGGUACGGGCUGGCGCGGGGCACGCUGGAGUCCAUCGCCAGGGAGGGGCUGGCCACGUGCGUGCACAUGGAAAUCGAG